CUGCGCUUCCCACAACCCUGGCAGGCGGGGUCUCCGCCCAGAGGAUUCCCGAGUCGGGUAGGACCUGGACGUCUCACUCCCGGGCCCCACUGCUGGAGCCCCACCUGCGUUCCGCCCCUUGAGCACCACGCAUGCCCAGACGGCGAUCACGCAUGCGCAGAAAGCUCCGCUCGGCCUGCUCGCGCCGCCAUGGAACGCAUCGAGGGCGCGGCCGUGGGCCCCUGCGCCAGCUCUAUCUAUUUGCGGCCGCUGAGGCUGCACUACCGUCAGAAUGGCACCCAGAAGUUCUGGGACUUCAUGAAGACGCAUGACAGUGUGGCCAUCCUCCUGUUCAACUCUUCACAGAGGAGCCUGGUGUUGGUGAGGCAGUUCCGGCCAGCUGUGUACGCAGGCGAAGUGGAGCGCUGCUUUCCAGGGUCUCUGGUGGCCGUGGCCCAGGAUGAUCCUCUGGAGCUGCUACCAGCCCUGCCUGGCUCUGCAGGGGUGACAGUAGAGCUGUGCGCCGGCCUCAUGGACCAGCCUGGGCUUUCCCUGGAACAGGUAGCCUGUAAGGAGGCCUGGGAGGAGUGCGGCUAUUGCCUGGCCCCCUCUGAUCUGCGGCGGGUGGCCACAUACAGGUCUGGAGUGGGAUUGACAAGCUCCAGCCAGACCAUGUUCUACGCGGAGGUAACAGAUGCCCAACGAGGUGGGCCAGGUGGGGGCCUGGCAGAGGAGGGUGAACUCAUCGAGGUUGUGCACCUGCCCCUGGAUGGCGCCCAGGCCUUUGUGGAUGACCCUGAUGUCCCCAAGACCCUUGGUGUCAUCUUUGGCAUCUCGUGGUUCCUCAGCCAAGUGGCCCCCAGCCUCGGUCUGUAGUGAGACUAGGACUCUGGGCUGGGCUCUGGACCAAGGCUGCUCCAGGCCUGGCUCUGCUCUGUGGACCAAUAAAGUUACAUAGCUUAGCUGACGGCACCGUGCUGAGCUCUGACCUGGGCAUCUUGGAAGGGGAAGGGCUGGUUAUUGGUGAGGGCCCCUCACUGCUCCAUGGUGGGCUUGCAGGGGGACAGUGGAUGGCUGAUGGGGUGGAGACAGGUUGGCCUGAGGCCACAGGAAGGGCUGCUUGGACAAGUCGGGAGGGAGGGGCAAUGCACAGCCCCAAGGCUUAGCUCCCUGGUAAGUGUGUCCAGGGUAAGCCUCAUCCAUGGGCAUGGAGCAAAAUCAUCCUGAGUCUGCUCAGCACAUACUUCCUGCUCCUGGCUAGGUGAGCAGUUCUGCCUCCCCCUGGGCCGGGGUCUAUGAGUGGAUUUCACUGGACCUUGGGGCACACACAGUGUCUGUAGGCCGUGCUCCCUCAUGCCACCAUGGCCACAGUGUCCUUGGCACAGGCAGCCUGGCCCAGAGCCCUAGCCCUGAUGCCCUGCUGGCCAUGAAUGCUAAUGUCCAGAGUGCCUGAGGUGCAGAGGGCAGCCAGCUGUUUCAGCCCUGGUUAUGGAUCAGGUAUAUGGAUCCAGCUUCCAGUCCAAGGGCCCUGAUGGGCGAUCCGAGUAGGUUUGGGUUGGUGGCUUCCAUAGGGGCAAGCCUGACCCUUUCUGAGGGUAGCUACCUGGUUGGCCCUUGCCUGGGUGGGACAUCCUGGGUCUGGAAAUGCUGCCCCCACUGGCAUGUGAGACAGGAUCAGGGGGCCAGUAGCUUGCUGCAUCAGGACUCCCUACUCUGAAGUUCUGGAGUCCCGGUGGUGGGCCAGGUUGGGGGGCAGCACUUGCCUGCCCUCCCACAGGAACUCUGUGUCAGAGCAUGAAAACUACCUGGCUCUGCCCUCAUGCUGGCCUGUGCAGGAGCCUGGGAACACUGGGAACAAUGCUACUGGCCUCUGGGUAACCUGGGCCAGGCAGGGGCACCCCACCCCGGGGCAGUACCACCUGAAUGCAGAUGCUGACCAUGACCUAGGCGGGGCCUGUGGCAGCGAGACCAGGUAGGGACACAGCUGUGGGGAGGGGCCCUUAGGCAGGUUGUGUAUCUAAGGGGCUUUGUGGGCUAGUAGAGGGUGUCCUGGCCAGCCCCAACUUCUCCCUGCCUGGAGCAACCUCAGCAGGACACACUCCCAGGACAGGGGCUACCCAACCUGCCUUGAUCCACCCAGGUCCGGCCUGAUGUCUACCUUGGAGAGGCUUCAAGGCAUUCUGGGAUGACCUGCAGGUGCUAUAUGCUGCUGUGGGGGAGCACUGAGAGGCAGUGGUGGGUGGGGGCAGGUAAGGACAGGACACCUGGGCUUGGUGCAGUCCAGCCCUCACUGGCUCCCCAGCCUGAUGGGCAGUCAGCAGGCACCACAGUGAGGCCUAAUGGAGCUGGCAUUGAUUUACCAGCAUGGGGGGGGCUGUAACAGGAAACCCCCCUCCCUGGCUGCUAUAUUUAGCUCUACAGGACACUGGCGGAAGCAUAGCUCACUCUUGAGCCCAGCCAGCUCUGUCCCAAUCUUGGCUGCCUAGUCCACAGGAGGGGCCUGUAAGUCUGUCCCCCUACCCCCAUUAGGCUGAGUGGCCUUCCUCUGCACCUCAUCUAGCACAAGCCAAACCAUUCAGCAUGUGAGGGGCCCCAGCAAGGAAUGGUCCUUUGUGGAAGAGGCAGGAUGCCCCAGUCCAGCAAAGGAGGGGACUGGGGAUCCCUACACUCUGACCCCAGCUAGGUGAAACAUGGAGCUGUACCCACUGCCAUCCUGGAAAGCCCCACAGGUCCAGCCGUCCCUGACCUGAGGUCAGGGGGGGGAAGGGUACUUGAGGGGCAGGUGGCACCAAGGACCAGGUCCUAUUCCCAAAGGAGCAGAGGGAGGUGGAAGGGUUGGUGCCUUGCCAGGCCAGCUUGCACAGCAGGAGUGUCCCUCACACAGGUGUGCAAGUUGUAUGUGGUAACAGCUCUGAGCAGGACCUGUGUCAACACCCAGCUGUGUGAACUGGCCAGGAGUAGAAAGCUAGGGGUUGGUGCAGGAGAGCUGGGGGCUGCCCUGGACUCCAUCCCACUCACACUGGAAUCCCCUCAGCCCUGCAACUCCAUACCCUUCCCACCUGCCCUAUGGCAAUGCCUGCCUCUGCCCACAACAGGGAUUGAGAUCAGAAUCACUGUGACACCCUGUGCAGCUCAGUGGCCUUCUGACUUCUUGUUGGUCCUAGCAGGAAGCCCAGUCUCCCCACAGGCCUUUCUUGACACUGCCCCACUCAGACUACCCAGCGGAUUGGGUAGGGUGGGGAUUUGGGCAGAGGCAGCAGUUUGAGGUGCUGGGAAUCUGACCCAACCCUUCAGGGCUUCCUCUGGCCCCAGGCCUGGUCCUUGGAUCUGGGAACUGGUGUGGGGCUUUCCCAGGGCAUUAGUUGCCUAUGCAAGGUGCCAGGCAGGUUCAAGAUUCAGAUUCUGACUGCCCUGACUACACUGAGCUCAGGGUGGGGCAGGUGAGAGGAGCCCAGCUACUGAGAGGAUGGCCCCGGAGCCCUCAGCCAGUACUGGGAUUUCCAACCCCUAAGGCAACACUGGCCCUGGAAGGGACCCUGCCUAGUGGAGGACAGGUGGACUGGAGACGAGCAGCUCUUGGUGUUGACCCUGCUGAGGAGCAGCGAGGUCACCUAGAGACUGCAAGGACGUGAUGGCUGAGCCUCGUAGGACAGAUGUGUACAUCUAGCUUUCAUCUGCGUUUUCCGCAUAUCGACCGCGGAGUCUGGACUUCUGACCUGGGCGUUCCUCGAGGGCACGGCGUGGCGAACCUCCUGCGUUAACCAAGAGGUGGGCACACGUCCCCACCAAAGAGCAUUUGUUGACUGACUGUUGGACCCACGCAUCUCGUGGAGGGGAGGGCUGGCGUCGGAGGACAGCAGCGCCCCCUUCAGCCCUUGUGGAAGCUGCAGGAGGUCGCGGAGCCGGAGGGUCGGGGGAGGUGGGGGUGUAGCUUGCAGCUGGGGAUCGAGCCCUGGCUUGCUCGGCAGGCGGAAUCUCCGUUGGGAUCAGGAGCGGCGCGGUGGCGACCUCAGCCCUUCCCCCUCUCAACUCCCCCGGGUCCUGACCCCAGCUGGGUCUCGGCCACGGAGAUAGCCUUUUGCCCCGGAGAGGACGAGGGCUAAGCUUCGCGCCUAGCCGCCCAGCGCUCAGGCCGCACC